GCUGCUGCUGCUGCGUCCUCCGCUGUGGGCAAUUUGCGGCGGAUCCGGCUUGUACGACCUACGAUCAGUGGGACGUCGCCGCAAUGGAUCCAAACCGACUUCAACAAGCUCUCACCUCUACCAGCCCCUUCACUGCUACCUCUUAUGUUUCCCUUCUCCAAGAUAUCUCUCCACGCUUCUCCACGCGGAUUUUCCUCUCUCGGUGCCCUAACUCUUCUUCCUCGGAAACCUUCCAGGCCGACUUUUUCGCACAAUCUCCGAUCAACUCUAAUGGAUCUUCCGCAACGCAAGCACGUCGACGGGACAGGCACCACUCUGUGUGUGUCUGUGCACACGUGCCACCACCGCACUCCGGUCGAUGCUGUCUACCCCCUCGGUGUUUGCCAUCGGGAUUGGGUUUUCGUCCCUUGGCAACGACGAUGUAAUAAAACCAAUUCACCUCUCGGUGAAGGCCACCCUGACUCUCGAAAUCAUGUGUUCGAGUCCGUGUGGAGGUAAGUGUCUUUUUUUCCAAGACAUUGUUUUUGACAAAAGGCUCACUUACCCUAAAAAGGUACACUCAAAUAAAAUGGCCCCGAGCGGUCCGCAAAUGUUGUUGUUGUUGUUGUUGUUGUUGUUGUUGUUGUUGUUGUCUUCACAUUAAAAACCGUUCCGAUCUCUCUCUACCCAGUACCUUCGUAUGUCCGUACUGAUCCAACACUCGACGCGGNCAUAUAUUCUGGAGCCCUCCACUCCCUCUGCGCGCUAUGCGAGGUAACAACGGAGACUAGGAGUCACCAUCACGGGCCGGAGAGAAUGAGGUACACCCCCUUGGUUCAAUCUUGGUACUUCACAACGCAAGCAGAGACAAGGCCAUCUGGCACAGAAAAAGAGAGAAAAAGAGAGAAAAAGAGAAGAAAAUAAAAGGAAACAGUAAGGAAAGAGAAAAUGAAAAAUAAAGCGCGAGGACAAAAAGGGACCAGGCCGAAAAUACCAAGAAAUAAGAGGCAGAAAAAGGCACACACACGGUGGAGAGACCACUAACGACAAGCAAACACGCAAACAUGGCCACCAACCAGCGAUACAUUAUUAUUAUUUAUUGAUUAUUAUUUUGUUUGCCCUCCGACAAUUGUAGAUAAAUGCAGACAUACAUAAAAAGUCGACCGUAAAGGCCGUCAUGCCAAGCCAAAUUAACUCGAUGCCCAAUAGCUAGGAAUGUUUGCCUCUAAGUCAACAAGACUUUGGUUGAAACCAUACAACAGCUGAACUCUAGGCACGAACCUUAGAUGGAGAAAAACGAACAAAACCCCAACCUCACCCACCCGAAAUCAAACAAAUCUCGGCCCCGUCUUCCCUGGUACCCCUGACACCGUAUCGAACAGAAAUCCGCUUUCCACCGAAGUGGUUAGGUUAAAGCUGUCGCAC